AUGGGAUUGGAGGAAAUUUUGGUAAAAAAGCCUGCAUUAAACGAAGAUCCCAUUGCAGAGAAGAGGAAAAAAAUACUGCAAGCCUUGGAAAAAUGCAAUGAGGAUUUGGAAGCGCUGAAGAAGAUAAUAAGGAGGGUGCAAUCUUCUGAUACGCGUCUUCAGCCGCCAAAGGGUGGUGGUGUUGGUGGAAAUGAACAACAUUCUAUGGACAUGAAAGCUGAGGAGCUGAGUCCAGUCUGCGUGCUAGACGAGUUCCCUCGUUCACCUCUGACUCUGAGUAGCUUCUCCAAAGUACAGAAUAAUGGGAUAGUACAUGCUCCACAACAGCGGAAUACCAGUUCGUCUAAGAAGCCCGGAGAAGACGACCAUACAAUUGUGUAUCGAUCUUUAAGAAGAGAGGGCACGGUGUCACCUGGAUGGAUCACCAGGGCUAAGUUACAAAGUGUAGAUGAAGUGUGUAAUGACAUUGCAUGGGGUGAAAAAAGAGAGGUUGAGAGAAUAGGGUUAGUUUUGGAAGAUUGCAUAUGCAGAGAUUUGAUUGAAGAGUAUGUUAAAGAGUUGAUGAAACGUUGUUGCAUGUAUUCGCUCCCCCUCGAGGCUUGCAAGCGAAGACUUUUAUUCUAA